AUGUCGAGAGCACUGGACAAACAUGUCAUCGCGGCCUUGAAACAAGGCGAUCACCAAAAGAUCUUCAACGAAAUCGCCGGCCUCUUUGAAAAUCCGCACGACGAGCGUCUUCUUGAAAUCGAGAUCCUAGGCCGCAGCCACCCCAUCAGCCCGGAAGAGAACUUCCUAAGAGACGAUAACGCCGUCGCCGUUCCCAAACUUCGACUGGUCCAAGCCUUCGUCGUCGCGCGGCAGAUUCUGCAGAAUAAUCUGGCCGAUGGCACUGUGGGAGCUGGAAAGCUGCGGCUAGCGACAGGCGCUUUGCUUCUCAUGGAUCCCGAGCACCUGACGGCUGCCAACACCAGGAAACGUCUUCUCUGGAGCGAGAUGUCUGCAGGAGGCGAUGUGAGAUCGGCAUUGAUGCAGGAGAAAUGGAUGUCGAAGCAGUCAUCAUGA